AUUGUGUCUAUAUGAGGUCAAAUCAUGUAUAUCUUUAUCUGAGAGUGCCUAAAUUUACUUAAAAGAAGGUCACAACCAAGCUGUCGUGUCUCAAGGGUGACUGUUUUCCUGGGAUCUAGAAUACCGUUAGAACAAACUAGGUGACCAAUCAUGCGGGCAUUACUAAUUUUACUUCUAUCAACACCUUUCGUGCUGAGUAUCCUACAGUUUCGAGAAAGAGGAUACAUCAGGCUACCAUACAAUACUGCCGGGACUUUUGGAUUUGGGAGAAAUGGAGCUACAAAGGCAAGGUAUCAUGCUCCAACUAGAAUGUUAUAUGUUAUUGGAACUGGUACAAAUUUGAUGCACAUAAUUGAGCUUACAAACCCGGACACACCUGCCAUACGUUAUACUCAUGAGUUUAACUCUGCUGGUGAUGGAGAAAUCACAGAUGUACAAGUGUGCUCAGACUCAAUAGCUGUUUCAAUUGCCAGCAACAAUAAGGUGUCGGUUGGACAUGUAGAGCUAUUUCUACCAUUCACUAAAAAUGAUAAUACGUUAACUCGACUUGGUCGUCUAGCAGUUGGUUCAUACCCAAAAGAUAUGUCAUUCAACAAUGAUUGCUCACGUUUGGUGGUCGUGAACGAAGGGAAACUUGGACUAUUAAAUGGUGUUGUAAAUGAUCCACAGGGUUCAAUGACCAUUAUUGUGAGAAAUGACCAAGGUUUUCCACCAGAGGUUAACGUGAAUUUUCAAAGUUUUGACAACAGAGUUCUUGAAUAUGUUUCAAAGGGUGUCCGAUAUGUAUUCAGAGGAGACAGCACUGCUAGUCCUCCUAUAGAGGGGUCGUUUUCUAAAGAUUUAGAACCAGAAUCUGUUGUUAUUGAUGACGUUGGUCGAUAUGCUUACAUAUCAUUACAAGAAAACAAUGCCAUUCUUAAGUUUGACUUGACAAAUAACCAGUUCAUAGAUAUUUAUCCCCUCGGUGUCAAAAACUGGACUAGUUUUGACAUGGAUGCUAGCGACAGAGAUGGAGGACCAAAUAUGAAACGUCAUAACAUAUAUUCUUUUUAUCAACCACGUGAUCUUAAAUACGGAGUUAUUAAUGGCCAGGGAUACUUACUUACUGCUAAUACCGGUGCUAUGAAACAGUGGUCCUUGGCAAAUGACGGAUACGAAUUUUCAGAUGGAAUGAGGGCACGUGCUCUAAGAAAUGCUGGAGAAAUAGAUGAAGCUUUAGUAGGAGCUGAUGUCCUAGCGAAGAUAAAUAAUGAUGCCGAUUUAGGACGUUUACACAUUGGUAUUUUCGAUGGUCUGAACAACAACCAACAGUUAAUACGAUAUCCUCACUCGUUUGGUGGUCGCAGUGUUGCCAUGUGGAAUUCUGUAACAUUCCAACGUGUAUACGAUACUGGAGAUGAUUUAGAGAGAGAAGCUAUGAACAAAUAUCCAAUUACCUUCAAUGGGGAGACCAACAAUGUAAACUUAUCUCCAUCCGGUGAAAUGGAUCUCAGAUCAGAUGACUAUGGUGUUGAACCAACAGCUCUUGAUAUUGGUUCAUUCAAUGGCGCCCCAGUAAUGGUAACAGCAUCACGAUCUGGAUUUAUAUAUGUGUACAAUGUUGUGGGAACAGCUUUGUCAUUCCAGUCAGUACAUCGUAGAGGAGGUACCAGUCAAACUUGGAACAAUCUAUACAGCAGUAACCAAGCUGGUGAUGCUUUGAUUACUGAUAUUGGGUAUAUGGACGAGACUAUGUCUCCAUCAGGUCAACCAAUGGCAUUUGCUGUUGGGUCUGCUUCCAGUUCUAUUGGACUAUAUGACAUAUACGAUGACGGCAAUACAAAAUAAUAAACUUC